AUGCUCGACGAGUCUUCAUGGGAAGUAGCUGACCUUGGCACUCAGCGAGGAAAGUGGAGGAAGGCCCAGAUUGGUGCAGCAGCGUCGAAAAAGCAACAGAAAAAAGAGGCGGGUGUCCAUGUCCGCGGCGCCUGCAGCGUCGCUAGUCCUCGCGUCGAGUUCUGUCUCGCGCAGAGAGACUGCAUCUGCGCACCGGGAGAGCAGACGCAACGCCGAACGGCUCGAGAUCCAGAUGUCGGCAAGCGACAAAGAAACGCGUCUGUGGUUGUCGAGUCACGAGGACGACAGGCGCGGGGUCAAGCUGCCUGGCACUCGCGCGUGGAAGUCUGCGCGCCCACCGCAAGAAGAGUGGACAAGAAGGAGGUCGGGUGGAGGGCGCGCGCGACGCCCUUCGCGCGAAGAAGCACGAAAUACUUGGAAACGAAAAAGAAAGGCAGGAAAAGCGACCAGGAAGAUCUCGGCGCCGAUCGGAAGCCUUUCGAAAGUCGGUGCCCGCUCUCCGUGCCCGGAGCGUUCCCCCAUGGGGAGUCUCCAGAAAAGAAAGUCAAGUUCCGCGACGUUUCUCCCCUUUUCACACGGAGGUUUUCUCGCCGUCUUCUGCGUUUCAACGGCAAGUUCUAG